AUGACUCCUACACCUCCCUCAGCGAACUCAUCGCAUUCUGGCGCUUCGCCGGACCAGUUCAGAGUUGUUCGAAAGCGAAACCGGAUCCCCUUGUCCUGCGCCCCUUGUCGGCAUCGGAAGCUGAAAUGCAACCGUCAAUCGCCGUGCGAUAACUGCACAAAACGAGGCGAUAGUGGCUCAUGCGCCUACGCUGCUCCCGCAGUAAGGAAGAAAGGCAGCCAAAGCCAGAAUACCUCCAAUACGACACCGGAUGAUAUGCAGAAUCGGAUAGACCGAUUGGAAGGACUGGUUCUGUCGCUCAUGACCAAUGGCUCGCAGGCCGCGGGUCCGGCUGCGGCCGCGCAAGUUCUUUCUGCCGGUUCAAGUACAGUCGGAAGCGGCUCCCUUGGACCGAAUCUCGACAACGAGUUGGAUGAAACCACUAUGAUGGAUGAAGCGGACGGGCAAGAGCCAGAACCCGAAAGUGAGACUGAUGGAGUAACCAAAAGUUUUGGCAUCCUCAAGGUCGACGCUGAGAAGCAAAAGACCUUUUACGUGGGCGAGGCACAUUGGGCUGCUCUGCUUAAUGAAAUUGGCGAGGUCAGGAAUUAUUUCGUUGCCCACCGGAAGGAGUAUGAAGCCCAAAUGGAAAAAGUCGAGCAAGCGAGGAAAAAUAUGGGCACAGACGUGGGAUCUGGUCCCGCAUUGCUCUUUGGCUCGACGAUACCUCCCAGUCGAGCGGAAAUUCUCGCUCAAAUACCGUCUCGAUAUAUGUCGGACAUCCUGAUCGGGCGAUAUUUCAAUACCUUUGACCCGGCUACGCACAUUUUGCACGGUCCCACUUUCCAGCGGCAUUACAAUCAGCACUGGGCCGAUCCCUCCAAGAGCUCGAUCGUUUGGGUGGCUAUGUUGUUUGCGAUGAUGCGUCUAGCCAUGUUAUCGUACAGGCGAGAAGGGGAUGAACCACCAGAGUUUCGCGGUAAAUGCCAGGAUCUGGCAGCGAACUUCCGCACGCAAAUGGCGCACUGUCUCAUUACGGCCGAUUACACCAAACCGCAUAAUCACAUUAUUGAGACGUUGAUCUUUCAUCUUCAUGCGGAAUAUACCUCCAAUCAAGAUGCCGAAGCAAGCGUGUGGGUGCUUGUGGGCAUGAUUGCACGUCUCGCCAUGCGCAUGGGCUAUCACCGGGAUGCGAAGCUCUUCCCCAAUCUGAGCCCUUUCCAAGGAGAGAUGCGGCGUCGUGUGUGGACCUUUGUGCGAAGUGCCGACCUGCUGUUCUCCUUCCAAGUGGCACUUCCUUCGAUGAUCCGGAUUGGAGAUUCGGACACGGAGUUACCCCGAAAUAUCUAUGACGACGAGUUUGAUGAAGACUCGACCUCGCUUCCCCCGGCUCGUCCUGCCAACGAGGCCACCCCAAUCUCAUACAUGAUAGCCAAAGGGCGCCUUUCGUUUGGGUUUGGACGGGUGCUAGAAGAGAUCAAUGGAGUCCACCGAAAGGGAUAUGAUGAAGUUCUCAAGAUCGACCGCGGCUUGAGGGAUAUCUAUGAAAGCAUUCCAGAUCAUCUGAAGCUUCGCCCCAUGGCGGAACAGACAUUGGCACCUAUCUCCCUGAUCAUGGCCCGAUUCAGUCUGGCUUCUGUUUAUCACAAAUCGCAAUGUGUCCUCCAUCGACGAUUUAUGCGGCUGGCGAGACCGGGAAAUCGAUACAUGCAUUCAAGGCGAACGUGCCUCGAUUCGGCCAUGCAACUUCUCAGUUUCCAGGCCAUUCAGCAUCAACAAAGUCGGGAACGUGGGCGACUGAGAAGUCUGCGCAACCACGUGAAUUCACUCACGGCGCACGAUUAUCUUUUGGCGGCGACCGCGGUUUGCAUGGAUCUCUACAAUCACCGAGAGCGGCCGGAUAACGAUGUCAGUACGCCAAGUACCUCCGUGAGUGGCGGCAGCAUCAGCCAAGGAAGCAAUAUCUCGGAUGGUGCCUACGUCCCGGGACUCAGUUACACGCGCGAAGAUCUCAUUCGUGCUUUGGAAGAGAGCCGCGAUGUAUGGAUGGCCAACCGCGACCUCAGCAUCGAAGCGUACAAGGCCAGCGAACUCCUGAACGUGCUUCUAUAUCACAUCAAGCUCCCUUAUUCCCCCAGCAAUCCCCAGCAUCGCCAACUCCCCCCGGGAACACAACAGCCUUCGGGAUCCGGCAACGAUGAGCAGACAGCGGCCAUGACUCUGGGGAUGUUGCAAGCGGGCGGAGUGGGCAGUAAUGGAGCUGGAGGCAGCAUGUCACAAGCAGGAUCACCGGGCGGGCAAUGGGAUAAGAAUGGACCGAGUGCCGGAUUCACUUCCGGUGGAGACCAAUUUAACUCGGGUCUCUUUGGGGCGGCCGCAGCGAAUGCACCCAGUCCUUUCCCGGCAGGAUUUUUCGGAGGACCCAUGGGUGACCUCGGUCAGGGCAUGAAUCUGGAUUGGGAAGCAUGGGAUCAAUACAUGCAGCCGUCGAAUCUAUCACUGGACCCGGCGGCAAGUCUGUGGUCAAAUAACUCGCCCAACAACAAUUUGUUCACCCAGACGUCGUCCCCUGAGGGAACAGCAGACGCAUCGUUUGGUAUGGGCGGGCCAAAUUUCUAUCCCCAGACCAUGAGCAGUAUGAUGAGUGGAUCGACAGACCUGUCCAAAUCUGAUCAUCAGAUGCCGAAUCUGAGUGCCAAUUCGACAACGACCGGCAACGACAACAGUGCGGGCGAGGUUUUCAUGGGAGUGCAAAGCCCCCAGCCAGGAGGGGUUCCAAGUUGGAAAUGGACCGUGAUGAACGAGAAGAAAUAG